UUGGCUCCGCAGUGGGGUAUAUAGGGGAGCUCUAGUUAAUGCGAGCUGCGAUCUUGCUUAACAACUACUAUCACAACCCACUAUUACCUGUUACCAAUGUCUCAACAAACGAAAGAUAACAGCACUCCACUUAGUCACCAACAGGGACAACAGCAGCAAUUUAACAUCCUUCCUCACCCUGCUAAAUCUAACGAUCCGGCGGACUUGGCUGGGGGGCCUCGGCUUAACACGGGUUUGACCAGCAAGCCCGAGUUUCAGGCCUAUCACGCUCGUGACCCACAUGUGCCUAGCAAGGACAUCGUCAAUAACCUCGAAGCCCCAUUGAGUCGUGAGGAACUUCAUAGAAGGGCGGAGGAGCUGAACAAGAAGUAGAAGUCACAUCUGAGGCUGCAUCGUGAUCUGCAAAGGGUAUCCCGCCGUACCUAUCGAUCAUAAGACUGCUCGUGUAACCGUACGCGAUACGAAGCCGAACUGCAGCCUAUCGUAUAUCAUCUGUAUAUCUGCAUAUGAUGUUCGCAAAUACCUUCUCAAACAAUGCCGUGGCACCUUUCAAAUAUU